ACAUUUUUUGUUGCACACGAAUCUAAGCAACGGUGCAUAAACAAAUGUGAAGAAAAAUCGCUUUCAUUGAUUUCCAUUUAGUGCGGGGAGCACCAAAAGUUGCAUUUUAGAAAAGCCCAUUUAGGAACAAUUCAGAGAGAGACGCAAAAUGCCACAGGAACAGAAUACGUCGUCGCAGCCACAGCCACAGCUCGAUGACGAAAUCGAAAAUGUGCGUGUGGUGGUGCGCAGUCGACCGAUGGACAAAAAUGAGCUGUCCGGGGGAGCGUUGAGUGCCAUAUCGGUGGAUAAAAUCAAUCGAGCCAUCACAGUUAUAAAGCCCAAUGCCACGGCCAACGAACCUCCUAAGACAUACUAUUUUGAUAACGUCUUCGAUGGCAACUCAAAUCAGCUCGAUCUGUACGUGGACACGGCGCGUCCGAUUGUCGAUAAGGUGCUCGAGGGCUACAAUGGCACCAUACUGGCGUAUGGACAAACCGGAACGGGCAAGACCUACACGAUGUCCGGGAAUCCGGAUUCGCCACAGACGAAGGGCAUCAUUCCGAAUGCAUUUGCGCACAUCUUCGGGCACAUUGCAAAAGCCCGUGAGAACCAAAAGUUUCUGGUGCGUGUGAGCUAUAUGGAGAUUUACAACGAGGAAGUGCGCGAUCUGCUAGGCAAGGAUGUAAGCAAGAGUCUGGAGGUAAAGGAGCGUCCCGAUAUUGGCGUUUUCGUAAAGGAUCUCAGCGGCUAUGUGGUGCACAAUGCGGACGAUUUGGAGAACAUAAUGCGUUUGGGUAACAAGAAUCGCGCUGUGGGUGCCACCAAAAUGAAUCAAGAGUCCUCGCGCUCGCACGCCAUCUUCUCCAUCACGGUGGAGAGCAGCGAGCUGGGUGAGGGUGGAGUUCAACACGUGCGCAUGGGAAAGCUGCAGCUCGUCGAUCUGGCGGGCUCUGAGCGCCAGUCAAAGACGCAGGCGACGGGCCAGCGGCUGAAGGAGGCUACCAAGAUCAAUCUGUCGCUUUCGGUGCUUGGCAAUGUGAUUAGUGCGCUCGUCGAUGGCAAGAGCACGCACAUUCCGUAUCGCAAUUCGAAGCUGACGCGCCUGCUGCAGGACUCCUUGGGAGGCAACUCCAAGACGGUCAUGUGCGCCACCAUUAGUCCCGCCGAUUGCAAUUAUAUGGAGACAAUUUCGACUCUGCGCUAUGCCAGUCGCGCCAAAAACAUACAGAAUCGCAUGCACAUCAAUGAGGAGCCCAAAGAUGCACUGUUGCGACACUUUCAGGAGGAGAUUGCACGUUUGCGCAAACAACUGGAAGAGGGCACGUUCGAGGAGGAGCUACAGAGUGCCGAAGAGGAGGAUGAGAGCCCCGAAGAUGAUGAAUUGGAGACGCCGUUGGAAAUAGAUCUGGAAUCAUCAGUCACACCAGUGUGCGCCAAUGGCAAAAAGCCCAAAAAGAAGCGUGAAAAGACCGAUGAGGAGAAGGAGGAGCUGGCCAUGCGCAAGACCGAACAUCAGCGAGAAAUUGAGCACGCAAAAUCCGAGCAGGAACAACUGCGCACCAAGCUCGUCUCUCUCGAGGGCAAAAUUCUGGUCGGCGGCGAGAAUUUGCUGGAGAAGGCACACACCCAGGAACAACUGCUCGAACAGUCCAUAGCUGAGCUGGAGGAGCGCGAGAAAUCCGAGCAGGCACUGCGGCAGACUCUGCAGCAAAAGGCCACCGAACGCAUAGACAUCGAGGAACGUUACUCCACACUUCAGGAUGCCAGCACAGGCAUUACCAAGAAAAUACAUCGGGUCAUGCAAAUGCUGAUGGGAGUCAAAUCGGAGCUGGCCGAUCAGCAGCAAGAACAUCAGCGCGAAAAGGAGGGCAUCUAUGAAAACAUACGCAGUCUAUCCCGCGAAUUGGCGCUCUGCGAGUUGGUGCUUAACUCUUAUGUGCCCAAGGAGUACCAGUCGAUGAUCAAUCAGUAUACCCAUUGGAACGAAGACAUUGGCGAAUGGCAACUCAAAUGCGUCGCCUAUACGGGCAACAACAUGCGGAAGCACAUCUCCGCCCAUAAGAGCAGCGGCAAGGAACCGGAAUUCGUCGAUCUCUCGCAUGUCUAUCUCAGCUAUAACACCGAUGGUGUGUCCAAUCCGGUGCGCUCCAAGUCCGCAGCGCGACCACGUACCUCCGGUGUUCCGAGACCGACCACAGCAAGGCGAUAUUGAAGUGUAAACAUUCUAUCUGGGCUGCGGGCACAGUUUUGGUUUCUGCUCUUGUUGAUUUUACUUUUCUAUGGCUUGAAGUUUUUAUGCUCAGCGAAUUUAAAUUUAAUUUGAUUCUGCCUUCUCUCCUACUCUCAAUACACAGGUAUUAUCUAUGUCAGACUUUUCGUUAGUCUUUUGUUAAUUUAUUGUUUAGGUGACUUUUAGUUGAACUAUUUUUAAAGCUACAUUUAGAUUGAACAAAUCAAAAUAGGGUGCAAUACAUUCUAGUUUAUUCUUUAAAUUAAUACAUACAA